UUUUUAUGCAUGAUUUCAGUCUUAACUCGUUCGGUAUUUUCAGCAUGAGUAGUACGUUAAGGUUUAGGGUUAAGGUCAUGUUUUACUCGGUUUACGAUCGAGGUUAGAUAAUCCCAAGCAAAUCAUCUUUCACUUUCGAUCAUUUCAUGUUCAUAGUUUAUUGAUUCAGGGUGUUGUUGUGAGGCUUUUGAACCCAGAAUCUCCAUAGUUUUUUCUGGCAGUAUUUUCUUUUAGCAAUUUUUUUUCAUGGGAAAAGGCAGGAAGAGCAACCUGAUAAUCAAGACAUGGGAGCGGUGCAAAUCGAUCGGGCGCAGCCGUAACAACGGCGGCGUCCCGGCGCUUUACAAGAGCAAGUCGUGGCCGACCAUCGACGUCUCUCUGGGAGCUGAUCAAGAGAAACGUCGCACGAGGAGAAGCCGAGUGACCCCCGAAGGUUGCUUCACGGUGUACGUUGGACCCCAGAAACAAAGGUUCGUCAUCAAGACUGAGUACGCGAACCACCCGCUCUUCAAGAUCCUGCUCGAAGAAGCCGAGUCCGAAUACGGGUUCCACAGUGAAGGACCCCUUGUCCUCCCCUGCGACGUUGACUUGUUCUGCAGGGUGUUGCUCGCGAUGGACGACGGCGACAAUAUGGUCCGACAAGGAUGCAGGUUCGCUAAACGUUAUGGUUCGUAUCAACUCCUCAGCCCACCUCGGAUGAUGACGAUCAAUCAUAUUUAAAUAUUAUAUGUCUAUUCAUCUAUCUAUCUAUUCAUCUAUCUAUCUGAUUAUCUAUCUAUUUAUCAUAUAAGGUAGAUAUACCUAUACACUUUUAUUAAGUUUGAGCCAAUGUUUAAUUUCGAGUAUUGUAAGUUUGUAUUUGCAGUCUACAAUACAAGUGAUAUAUAUGUUAAAAAGUAGCAGAAAUACAAAAUUGUGACUCCACAGCCACCAUGGUA